AUGGCGGACGUUCCGAACGGUGGCAGAAUUGUGCCUAUAAUCGCGGCUCCCCGUCAGCAUUACUCCAGUUCGCCCGCCGAUGAGCUUGUGAACACUCAACCCCUCCCACAAUCAAAAACCUCCAAAUCUUCCCGAAGUACGCGCAUCAAGACUGCCGAGGCCGAAUGCCUCGAGAUUCCCUGUCUCAAUGAGCUAGGGCUGUAUGCUCUUCCUACCGAGGGCGACGGCAAUUGUCUGUACUAUGCCCUCUCCGACCAGAUGUACGGUGACUUUGCCCACGCCGAUCAGAUCCGGGUACGACUUGCCGAUCACAUCUUAGCCAAUAAGGACUACUUCAUGAGCUUCAUAGCUGCCGCCGGUGGAGAACGCAGGGCGCCUCGCCGCGCAGCAGCCAGGGCAGCCAGGCAAUCGUAUUACUCUUCUUCAUCCGCCAGUCCUGCGCCUCCCUCGGCCCAGGACAAGGAGCGUAGCUUUGACACCAAGGUCGCCGAAUCGAGGAAGCGAGGCGUCUGGGGCGGCGCAGAAGAGAUUCAGGCCUUCUGUCAAUCUUUCAAGCGGGACGUGAACGUCUACACGAUGUAUGGAAUUCAAAAUUUCCGUGACGUCCACGCCCCCGCCGACGAGGCAAGAGAGAAAGUGCAUAUCGCAUUUCACGACUUCCAUCAUUACUCGUCUGUUCGACAUACUAGUGGGCCGCAUACAGGGCCACCUUCUAUAUCUCCCGUCGACAAGGCGCGUCAGCAGGAAGCUUCCUCUACCGUCGUGGACGUGGCGACCCCGUGGAAGAUCUCGGCCAUUCAGGAGGGUCUCGGAGGUAAAUACGACCGGGAAACCAUUGUGGGCAUGCUGCAACAGUGCCGGGGUAACAUCGACCGGGCGUUCAUUAAUCUGAUUGGCGAAGACGCGAACCAUAGCGCAGCAGAUGCGCCUACCUCUAAGGCUAUCAUGAAGUCGCAUCUCCAGCCCUCCUCGCGGUCUUCGUCUCCGUUCAGUACGGGCAGCAAACGAUCUGCGGAUGAAAGUGAAGCUGAUGAGAACCCCCGGCCGGCUGUGCGGCGCACACGGGCCCGGGAGACUAAACGACGGAUCCUUCCCGACGUGACCGUUGGAAUCGCAUUUCGAGACGAUCAGAACGAUCUUGUCUCUUUGCGACUGCGGGUCAGUCCUGACACGGUGGUCCCCAAAAAGCAGCCCACAGGUCACUCGACCGCCGGGCAAACUGAAACAAGUUCUCUGGGUUCUGCUACCGACAGCACCGAUCAGUCGAAAAAGGACCCAAAGCUCAAGAUCAAGUUCAAAGCGGCGGCACCUCCACCUUCAACCGAAACCGCCAGUCGGCAGCAGACUGAGUCCAGUGAAGAGCCAAAGGCACCGCCGCCGCGACGGAGCAAGCGUCUGUCAAAAAGCCGCAACACCCCCAGGACGGGUUGA